AAAGUAAAACUAUACAAAUUGACAAAAAACAGAGGAAGCGUGUUGAAUUCAGGUCAUUACACGGAAGAGAGGAACCUGUCUCUCUCUUUCAAUCUCCCAGAUAGCAGUAUCAGUUCCUAUCUCCGGUUCGGUAUUUUAUCCGUUCCUCAUCCACUCUCUCUUCUCACCAACUUCAACUCUAAUCUCAUUCCCUUGUUGUGAGAGUUAUUUUUAUGGAGGACGUUAUUUUCAAGGUAGAAGAUAUUGUUCAGGCGCCUUUACCUGGCUACGUAGCUCCAACGGCAGUCAGCUUCAGCCCUGAUGACUCUCUGAUCACUUACUUGUUUAGCCCCGAGGAGAAUCUGAAUAGGAGAGUCUACGCGUUCGAUGUGAACAAAGGAGAAUCUAGUCUUGUGUUUAGUCCUCCUGAUGGUGGAGUUGAUGAGAGCAACAUUUCGCCUGAAGAGAAGCUGAGAAGGGAGAGGCUGCGGGAGCGUGGCUUAGGAGUGACUCGGUAUGAGUGGGUCAAGACUAACUUGAAGAUGAAAUUCAUUGUCGUGCCUUUACCUGCUGGGGUGUAUAUGAAGGAUCUUUGUUCAUCACCAAAUCCAGAGCUCAUAGUUCCAAGCUCACCCACUUCCCCAAUCAUUGAUCCUCGUCUAUCUCCCAAUGGCUUACUCCUUGCAUACGUAAAAGAUUCCGAGUUGCAUGUCCUCAAUCUGUUGAAGAACCAGACUCAACAGCUAACAAACGGUGCCAAUGGAAGUACUCUGACGCAUGGUCUAGCUGAGUACAUAGCUCAGGAAGAGAUGGACCGGAGGAACGGCUACUGGUGGUCAUUAGACAGCAAGUUCAUCGCCUACACAGAAGUCGACUCCUCACAGAUACCGUUGUUCAGAAUAAUGCAUCAGGGGAAAAGCUCGGUUGGCGCAGAUGCGCAAGAAGACCACGCUUAUCCUUUCGCAGGAGCUCUCAACUCCACGGUCCGUCUCGGCGUAGUUUCUUCAUCCGGCGGCGGGAAGACAACCUGGAUGGAUCUAGUCUGCGGAGGGAGAGCCAAUAAUGAAAACGAGUAUCUCGGUAGAGUCAGCUGGAUGCCAGGGAACGUCCUCACGGCUCAGGUUCUGAACAGGUCGCAGAGAAAACUCAAAAUCAUGACCUUUGAUGUAAAGACAGGUCGAGGAAAGAUACUUUUAACAGAAGAGUCGGAUACUUGGGUGACAUUACAUGACUGUUUUACCCCUCUGGAGUCAGGAGGAUUCAUUUGGGCUAGCGAGAGGACUGGUUUUAGACAUUUGUAUCUUUAUAACUCUGAUGGGACUUGCCUUGGGGGCGUUACUAGCGGUGAAUGGAUGGUUGAGCAAAUCGCAGGGGUAAAUGAGUCAAUGUCUUUGGUUUAUUUCACUGCAACUCUCGAUGGACCGCUUGAGACUCAUCUUUACUGCACAAAGCUGGAAGCUAAGGAUGCGUCUCGGUCUCUGAGGCUUACUCAUGGUAAAGGGAAACACAUCGUUGUGCUCGAUCACCAGAUGAAGAACUUUGUCGACGUUCAUGACUCGGUUGAUUCGCCUCCACGUGUCACUCUUUGCUCAUUGAGCGAUGGGACUGUGCUUAAGAUACUAUACGAGCAGACAUCUCCGUUACCGUUAGUGAAACGCCUUCAACUCGAGGCUCCGGAGUUUGUUCAGAUACAAGCUAACGAUGGGAAGACAACUCUGUAUGGAGCUGUUUACAAACCAGACAGUGCCAAGUUCGGUCCUCCUCCUUAUAAGACGAUGAUCAACGUCUACGGAGGUCCUAGUGUCCAGCUGGUUCAAGAUUCUUGGAUCAACACGGUCGACAUGAGGACGCAGUACUUGAGAAGCAGAGGCGUCUUGGUUUUUAAGCUUGACAACAGAGGAACCGCGCGGCGCGGUCUUAAGUUCGAGUCGUGGAUCAAACACAGCUGCGGAGACGUUGACGCGGAGGAUCAAGUAACCGGAGCCAAGUGGCUUAUCCAUCACGGUUUAGCUAAACCGGAUCACAUUGGUGUUUACGGUUGGAGUUACGGCGGGUACCUCUCGGCUACGCUCUUGGCUAAGUACCCUGAGAUUUUUAGAUGCGCUGUCUCGGGCGCUCCUGUUACUUCUUGGGAUGGGUACGACACGUUCUACACGGAGAAGUACAUGGACCUUCCUGAUGAUGAAAGGUACGUGAAGAGCGCGGUGAUGGAGCAUGUGGGGAACUUGAGGGAUGAGCAGAAGCUGAUGUUGGUGCAUGGGAUGAUGGAUGAGAAUGUGCAUUUUAGGCACACGGGUAGGCUUGUGAACGCGCUUGUUGAAGCGGGGAAGAGGUAUGAGUUGUUGAUAUUUCCGGAUGAGAGGCAUAUGCCGAGGAAGGUGAAGGACCGUGUUUAUAUGGAACAGAGGAUUUGGGAGUUUAUUGACAAGAGCUUGUGAAAGGGCCCAAGCCCGUAGGCCCAAUGGGUCAUAUAUAAUUGCUUGAACCGUAAGCAAUUACGUCCGUUACGAAAACAGUAAUCCUGCCGUGGAGAGGAGUUCACGACGUUAGGGAAGGCAUGAAACUUCCGUCAAAAAAAAGUCAGCGUGGUCAAAACCUAUAAAUAGACCCCCCACAUUUCGCUGCUG